AUGCGCCCCCUCCACCUCCUCACCGCCCUCGCCGCCCCGGCCACCGUCUCGGCCCUGGUAAGCCCGGACGGGCGCACCGGACGUCUCCCGGCGCUCGGGUGGAGUUCGUGGAACGAGUUCGGGUGCGACAUCAACGAGACCGUCUUCGUGGGCGUCGCGCAGCUCAUGGUGGAUCUGGGGCUCAAGGAUCUCGGGUACGAGUACGUGAAUAUUGAUGAUUGCUGGAGCGACAAGGAGCUGAGAAGGGAUAACGUGACGGGGGAGAUCGUGGUGGAUGAGAAGAAGUUCCCGCUCGGGAUGAAGCAUCUGGUGGAUCGGGUGCAUGGGAUGGGGUUGAAGGUUGGAAUUUAUAGUGAUGCGGGAACGUCCACGUGUGGUGGUUACGAGGGAUCACUCGGCUAUGAGGAAAUCGACGCCGCGACGUUUGCGAAAUGGGGUAUCGACUACCUGAAAUACGACAACUGCAACGUCCCCAAGGAAUGGUUCGACGACUGGAAAUACGUCCCGGAACUCUGGCUCGGCGGGCCCCCCAACGAGAACCAAGACAACGGCGACCCCGUCAACUCCAAGACCGGCAAGCCCGCGCCCGCCGGCUACGACUGGUCCGCCUCCGUCACGGCCGAGCGCUACCGCCGCAUGCGCGACGCCCUCCUCCUCCAAAACCGCACCAUCCAGUACUCCCUCUGCGCCUGGGGCCACGCCCACGUCGAGGCCUGGGGCGCCGAGACCGGCCACUCCUGGCGCAUGUGGGGGGACAUCUACCCGGAGUGGCUCGGCCAGCACCAGUGGUCCUGGGGCCUGAUGCCGAUUUUGAACCACGCGGCCUUCUGGUCCGCGCCGGCGGUGAACACCUUCUGGGGCCACGGCGACUGGGACAUGCUGGAGGUGGGCAACGGGAACCUGACGCUCAGCGAGAGCCGGAGUCACUUUGCCUUCUGGGCGGCGCUCAAGUCGCCGCUGAUCAUCGGGACGAAGCUGGAGGGCAUCGCGCCCGAGAUCCUGGCGAUCCUGACCAACGAGGAGUUGGUAAAAUUCAACCAGGACCCGGAGCACGGGGCGGCCGCGCAGCCGUACAAGUGGGGCGUGAACCCGGACGGGGCGUGGAACCAGACGCACCCGGCCGAGUUCUGGGCCGGGGCGAGCGUGCGGGGGACGCACGUCUUCGUGCUGAACACGCUCGCUGGGACGGAGGAGAAGACGGUCGUCUUCGGGGAGGUGCCGGGGCUGGAGGCCGGGAAGAGGUACGUCGUGCACGACAUGUGGACCGGGGAGGACUUGGGGGUGUUCGAGGACGAGGUCACGGUGGAGGUGGAGAGUCACGACACGGCGGCGCUGAGGAUCAACGAGGUCAAGUGUGUUAAGAGGGCUGCUUAG